GAGAGGAGGAAGAUAGAGACGGGGAGGGCGCGCUGUUGGAGAGAGUUAAGGAAGUUUCCGGGUGCGUCGUGUGAGCAACCCGCAUCCGCAAGAGGAAAAGUGUGCGGAUCUCUGCCCACUCGCCACCGCGAGCUCUCCGGGGCAGGGGGUGGGGGUGGUAGCGGAGAGAGUGAGAGGAUGGAGAAGUUGAGAAGCGGACAGGAUCUCGCCGGCUCCCUGCCGCCCUGCGCUUCCGAGCUGCCGGUGAGAGCGCACGCAACCAGCCAAUCUCCAUGCCGGAGCUGAGCCGCUGAGCGGGCGGCCGGGCGGGCGGGCACCGAGUGGCGACUCAUCCCUCUCCUACUAACCUCAGCCAUGGCAGCGGCGAUCGCUAGCUCGCUGAUCAGGCAGAAGCGCCAGGCUCGGGAACACCACCUGGACAGGCCGAUAGUCACAAAGCGCAUCAAAAGCCCCCACAAAAAGAAGGGAGUUUGCAAUGGCAAUCUGGUGGAUAUCUUCUCCAAAGUCAGGAUAUUCGGGAUGAAGAAACGAAGGUUCAGGAGACCAGAUUCCCAGCUCAAGGGUAUAGUGACCAGGUUAUAUUGCAGGCAAGGCUUCUACCUGCAGAUGAACGCAGAUGGAGCUGUCGGCGGAACUAAGGAUGACAGCAGUAAUUCCACAUUGUUCAACCUCGUGCCAGUGGGACUUCGAGUCGUUGCUAUUCAGGGUGUGAAGACAGGGCUCUACGUGGCCAUGAAUGGGGAAGGAUAUCUUUACACAUCAGAACUUUUUACACCCGAAUGCAAGUUCAAGGAGUCGGUCUACGAGAACUACUACGUGAUCUACUCAUCAAUGCUGUACCGGCAACAGGAAUCUGGCAGGGCAUGGUACCUGGGUUUCAACAAGGAUGGACAAAUCAUGAAAGGGAACCGCGUGAAGAAAACUAAACCUGCUUCUCACUUUCUGCCCAAGCCACUGGAAGUCGCCAUGUACCGUGAGCCAUCCCUGCACGACAUCGGCGAGACCGUCCUGAAAAACACGACGACUCCGAGUAAAAGCACAUGUACUUCUGCUGUAAUGAAUGGAGGCAAACAAGUCAAAAAAAACAAAUCGACAUAGCCCGCUGGGUCUAGGAGAGGACGCAUCCGUUAACCACUGCUCCAUUGGGCAAUUUAUCCCUGGCAGACUGUUGCCUUCCAAUGUCCGUGAGCAGGAAGAGCCGGCGACCUCUUGCUCAUCGCAGUCUUUGACUAUCUCAUUGCAAGCGGAUAAAUCCCAAUGCGUAGCUCCUCCCGCCACAAGAAACCUGGAUAACUCAGACCAUGGCUGUCCUUCCCAGACACUGGAUGAAUGCCUUGUACCUGUUUCCUGUUAACUGUGACACUCCAUGAGAAAUACCUAUCUCACACCCUCUCUUGGUGCAUCGCCUGCUGACCACAACAAUGGAGUCCAGACCCGGAGGAGGCUUGCUCGCUGUGUGAGAGCUGUUGGCAGCUGGAUCUUAGACCUUUGCUGUAAAUCUCUGCUUGUUCAGGAACAAGCCCUCCACCUCCAUCAACCCCCCUCCCCCCACCUCUCUUUCUCUUUGGUUUUUUUUCAAACCUAGCUGCUCUGACUUUUACUCUUGCAGAGAUCUGCUGUGUGUGGUUUUUUUUUCCGCUGUAGGAGAGCAGGGGGUGGAUGGAGAACUAAAAGCGCUCCGCACUGUGGAGUUGGAACUACUAGUUAGUCACCAGGACCACGGGGAUCUUGGGGAGUAUUACUCACAAGUCAGGCAGGUGAAAUAGAAGCCUGUGUACUGGCUGACAAAUUGUCGGCCAGUUGCCGAGGUCAAUUGCGGGUAGCAGGGGUGGAGAGUGUGAUGGCACCAAUCUCCCCCACCACCUGCUCCUUUGGAUCCAUCCCUCACUGUGGUGCUUGUCUUGGUGCCCCCUGGUCAGACCUGGGGCUCAAGCACCUGCCCGGUUGCCCCACAUUAAAUUUUGAGGGCACUCUCUCUGAGCCCGGGAUGAGAUUAGCCCCUGUGGCCAAAGUUCCCCCUGAAGCUGGUGCCAAGAGGCGAGGAGGCCAAACUGCGAGCCCUGUCUGCAUCAGCCAAGCCUGCCAGCAUCGUUCUGGCCCGCCUGCGGCGGCAGUGCCGCAGGCCGGACCUCACUGGUCCCCCAGGAAGGGAGAGAGAGAGAGAGGACUUUGGCUGUUUUGGGGAAAACGUGUGAGAGAGUUCCUUGUCUUUAUUCCUUUAAACUCAGUGAGUGGUGUUGCCCAUUGGACUUAGUGAGCCAGUGCACCCCCAGGCACCAGCCAGUCCUUCCCACCUAACGAGGAGAAGGCCCAAGCAUUUACAAACUAAGAAUCUCAGCGGAAACAAAGGCGGUCGCUAUGGUUCAUUCUAUCCUCAAUUAAUCCAUUUAUCCAAAUAACUCAGUUACUUUUAUGAUCACAAAACCUUCAGAAAGCUGGAUUUUAUUUAAAGAUGUGUAAUAUUCCAUAUUCUUUUUCCAAAUUCUCUUGUAGAGAAGUGAAAAUUACCUAAUCAAGAAAGACCCAGAAUUGUUCUGUCUCCAUUAUUCUGGCUGACUAGGGUACUGCAAUUAUGUUAAAAGUGCAGGACGUACCAAAAUAAAGACUCAUUUAUUUUAACUCUGGCAGUAAUUUUAACAUGCAUUGGAUUUGUUUGUUAAUUUUUUGUUCUACCCCAAUUCUAUUAAGUGCUAAGUGCUUUAUUCUAAUGAAAAGGUAGCAAAGUUCUUAAUUACCUCAAAGGGUUAGCAAGCUGGGUAAAAUGGCAAAAAAAAUAUCAUUAAUCCAGGAAAGGCUAUCCUUACAAAGCAACGUGAAAUCUUUGGGAAUACAACACACCUUGACAAUAUCAUCUAAAUAAAAUCAUAAAUGUCCCAUACAGCAAAUCUAAAGCGUCAAUAGUCGAAUCAAAAUUACUUUUAAACAUGUUUACGACCAGCACUGCCUCAGAACAAAUACUAGAGUCGUGAAAUUCAUGGCCCAGUAGAUGUCACUUAGUAUUAAUGUAACAAGAUUCAACUUAGUGGAAGUCAUAAAAGGUGUGUUAUGGUUGGGAAAAGAAAACAGGCCGAGUGUGAAUAUGUGGAGUUCUGUUCAAAAUGGGAAACUAAUGGGUAUGCUGCACUGUGAGUUUUCAUUAUGUCGGAGAGGUAACGGUUCAUUUAGGGUCCAGAAAACUGACGAAUAGGACUUUAUAAAUGUGAUCUCUGGAAGGCAAGCAUUGUGCAAAUUGAAGCCAUUCAGUCGGCUCUUUUGACCACUUAACGUUGAGCCCAAAACUGCAACUAUUGUCACUCCCUUGUCAUGUUUACUGUAGUAUAGAUGGAUCAAGUGUUGCUGCAUUUCAAGGACUUGUUUGUCAAGCCGCAGGUUUCGUAGUUCUUACAAGCUUGAAAACUAUUUAGUAAUUUAGUAAGUCUAAUGUUUCUGAUUUAUUUUAAAAGAAACUCUAAUUUCUGCCAAUUGGAAAUGCCGCAAUGCUGCUGCUAGGCUGCUAAUGUAUGACACCUGAUAACUUUUAGCAAUUUCUAUCUCAUCAUUUGUUCCAACGAAGGAAACUAGAUUUGUGUUGAUUUCCUCUUUUUUAAAAAAAAACAAUGUAGAGAAAAAAUGUUUAAGCACAUCGGCCACCAUUGGGGUCUCUGUACUGAACAAAUUUAACGCCAUGGAUAGUAAGUAUCCAUGUGUGAGAGGGUGCGUUUGAUAACGAACUGAAGGAAGUCAAGAAUUCCUGGAGACAACAGACAGCACGCUGAUUUCAACAGUGGACCCUACAGUAUGACCCUUGCAAACCAGUUGACUGGUUAAACCUAGGCUGAAUUUAUUUUUGUAAAUGACAACGAGCAUAUAAUUGUUAACCCCUUCUGUGUUUCUUUUAUUCUUUAGUUGUUUUAUGAGUUGUUCGUGAGAGUGUUUAUUCCAAAUGAAUGGUUGUCCUUGACAAGCUAAUUCUUAUCACGUUUUAAGAAACAAUGGAGCAGGGGGAUAAUUUAUUCUUUCUACCUUUGUUACUAUUUUGUCUCUUGUCUCAUAUGUUGCAUGGGAUGAGGGUGACAAUGAUCAAACUGAACUGCAUGUCGUAGGUUGUAUGUGUCAAGAACUGUUGGUAUGUAUUACUAAAUUUACAUACAUAUAUGCAAAAAAGAGUUUGUCUGCAUUGUACAGUUUAAAUGUUUAUUAUCAUUUGUUGUACACAAAAAUACAACAUAUUGAA